CCGCUACCAACUCAACCAACAAGGCAGCUCUCUCGCGGGAUAUCAAAAUCGAAAACUUUGAUCUGUCGCACUAUGGCAAAGCGAUCUUAGCAAACGCGUCGGUUACAUUGGCCUUUGGGCGGCGCUACGGACUUGUGGGGAGGAAUGGGGUGGGGAAGACGACACUGCUGAAGGCUAUCGCGCACAGAGAACUGCCAAUCCCACCACACAUCAGAGUGGUCCAUGUUGAGCAGGAG